AUUCAUGGAAAACGGAAAAAAUUCUCUACAACAGCAUCCUCAUCAUACAACAUCCUCAUCAUCAGUGAAUAAUAAUCACCAGCAUCAUACUACAUCAUUGGAUUAUUGUUUGAUUAAUAAUUCAAUUUGUUCAACUUGUACAUCUAGUUCUUCCGGUUUAUUACAACAACAACAACAACAACAGCAGCAGCAGCAACAACAACAACAACAACAGGAAACGACAACAACAAUGAAUAAUAAUGAAAAAUCAAUGAUGAAUAGAAAACGUGGUCGUAAACAAAGUGUUAAAAUCAAUCAUAAUAAAAUUAACGUUAAUGGUGGCCGUAAUAAUGGAAAAACCAAUGUCAAUGGUCAACCACAACAGCAUAGGCAAAAAAAAUCCGAAAUGGAUCCAGAAUUAGCAAAAUUAAGUCGUGAAGAACGACGUCGUCGUCGUCGUGCAACGGCAAAAUAUCGUCUAGCACAUGCAACUCGUGAACGGAUUCGUGUUGAAGCAUUCAAUGUUGCUUUUGCUCAACUACGUCAUUUAUUACCAACAUUACCGCCGGAUAAAAAAUUAUCAAAAAUUGAAAUCUUACGUCUAGCUAUUUGUUACAUUGGUUAUUUGAAUCAUGUAUUGGAUGUAUAGAUCUCAUUUUCAAUUUUGUAUCUCUCUCUCUCACUCUUUAACUAGUCAAUAAUUUAUUGAU